AUGGGCAAGCUCGACUCGGCCUACACGGACUGCAUCCGCUACAAGCACCCCAUCACCCCAUCUUUCACUCGACCUAAUCCCAAUCGCAAGUGACCCAACUCCUUCUCCCGGCUUGACUACUUUCUCCUACAAAGAGCUCACCAAAAAAGGCUCGACCAGGCCUCGACGAUCUACGACUAUCCCAAGGAUCUUUCCGAUCACCGACCGGUCUUGAUCGUACUAGCUCUCUCAGACGAUCUUGAUGCGGCUCUCCCACAGCUCAGCCUACCUACCACAUCCGACCAACUACAUCGAAUCAAUACCACAACCUUCAAGACGGUGGAAUUUCAGCGGAUGAUGGAAGGAUGGUUGGAAGGGGCAAGCGGGGAGGAUCCGGUGCGAGAGCUUGAGGAGGUUCUGGAGGCGUGCAGGGACAGGGGUGGGGAGAUGGCGAGGAGGCUGCAUCGGGAGUGGACGGAACGGAUGGAGUAUUUGGUGGGGAGGGUGCAGGAUCUGGAGGCGUUACCGGUAUGGGGGGAGGCGGAAACGGCAGAAUGGACAAGGACGUCCGAGGAACUCAAGCGGGCGGUCGAGGAGCGCGCGCGCCUACUCCGGAUCCGAGCCCACGUCCCCGAGAUCGCUUCCGAGGAACGACUGUCGCGGCCGGUCCACGCCAAGCUUGCGGCGCGGAACUCGGACUCCAAGAUCACAGCACUGCGCUUGGGCAACGGAGAGCUAACGCAUGACAUUGAUGUCGCUCUUGACCACACGCAGGCGCAUUUCCAGCGCCUCUACCACAUCGAGCCUCGUGAUCCGGAACGCGUCGACCGACUUCGGGACGAACUCCUCGUGCCGAUCAGGGCGGCACGGACUUGCGACGACCCGCGCUCAGAUCCGCUCUUUCUGCACCGACUCUCGGAAGCGCAGAUUGAUCUCCUCCAGCAACCCAUCACCGAGGACGAGGUCGUGGCCGCGAUCGGGACGACGCACCCGGGGAGAUCGCCGGGCCCGUCGGGCGUGCCUUACGAACUCUAUCAGACCGCACCGGAGGCGUGGUCCAAGGUGCUGACCAAGGCCUACAACGCGAUGAUCGAGCGCGGUUCACUCUCUCCCAAGCAGGGCCAGGGACUCGUGCGCCUCAUCUUCAAGCGCCACAAGAAGAAUGCCGAUCGCGCCGAACUCUCGUCGUAUCGCCCCAUCACCCUGCGCGAGUGCGAUUACAAGAUUUUUACCAAGGUCUACGUCGCCCGAUUGAACCAAAUUCUGCCCGAUCUCCUCCCGCCGCAGCAGCACGGCUUCGUCAAGGACCGCCGAUCGGCCGACACUGCACUACACCUUCGUCUCCUGAUCGAGGAACUUGGCGCGCGCAGGACCGAGUUCCCCGCGGCCGCGCUCUUGUCUCUUGACCAAUCAUCCGCCUACGACCUCGUCGAGCAUGACUGGAUCUUUGCCAUCUUCGACGCUCUGGGCGCUCCUACCACCUUUCUUCGCGUGCUGAGGAUGCUCUACUCGGGUGACUCGACCUCGGCGCGCUACAUCAUCAAUGGGUUCCUGACGGCGCCGGUGCGACUGACGUGUGGGCUCGGCCAAGGGGACCCGGCGUCAUCGUCGGUCUGGGACAUCGUGUUUCAGCCGUUCCUGGAUGCUCUACACCGUCGAAACAUCGCGCUGAAUCUCUCCAUACCUGCACUUCAUCCGUACCCACAGAGCCGCGCCAUUACAUCACUUGCAUUUGCUGAUGACGUUGUCGUCGCCGUCGCGGGCUUGGAGUCACUCAACUUGCUCGAUGACCUGGCGCUCGACUGGAGGCAUGCAACGAAUGGCCGGCUCAACACGGACAAGACGGUCGUCCUACCGAUUGGACGUCGCUGGGACCCUGGGGAACGGCCAAUCGUCGUCAAGGCCGCAGGCGAGUCGCUCGAGUGGAUCGGCCUCCCCUUCGACCCCAGCGGCGACACCGAACUCGCCUACGCGAAUCUCAUCGAACGGCUCGAGGCGACGCUGGAAGCGGUUCAGCAUCGCUGGCUCACGCACCACACCCGUGCCUUUUACGUCAAUCGGUACGCCAUUCCCAAGAUCCUGCAUUUCCUUGCAGCCGACAUCCCGCCGCCCGAAGUCGUCAAGAAGCUCGAUGACAUGCUCGUCGAUUUCGUCCGUGGGGGCAAGGGCAGGACCAGCUACGGCAGAGACAUUGUGUUCACCGCCAAGAACAAGGGGGGACUCGGGGUGAUAAGGAUGCGGGACAUUGUGGACGCGGUUGCGGCACGGCUCUGGGACGUUCUUCUCGGCGGUUCCGGCGCAAUUUGGCAAGGACUUGCGCGCGCAUCACUCCAGCGAGCUCAGCCCGACCUCGACCUGGCCACCGAUCUCUGGCCACAUCCAUCCACUCCCAUCCCCAACGACCUUCAUCCCCGAUGGCACGCCGCACUGGGCGUUCCGAAACUUCACGACGCGCAGGUCAACCCGAGGGCCUUGACCACCGCGAACUUGCUCGCGCUGCCCACCCUGCUCGGCAGCCUCCACACCCCCAUCAGAGGGAGACAGACCAUCGACGCGGUUCAUGUACCUGACUACCUUCGUCUCCAGGGCUACCCGAAGGUGGCGGAUCUCUAUCGACGCAAGUUGUAUGCGGGUGGGGGGUUUCACCUCUGGACGCCGCCGGCGGAUGUGCUCGGCGACAACAGCGAGUACGAUCGACGCGGGCUCCCGCAGCGACUGGCAAUCGCGGCCUGGUACCGGUUCACUGUCGAUCGACACAAGAACACCCCCUUGGCGGCGGCGGUGGCGGCGGGACGACUCAACGUGCCUCCCCGGAUCGGCACCAGCGCACCACUCGAGGCGAUCAUCCCCAAGCCCGUGGCCCGCUUCGCAAUGGAGCAGCGCCUUCCGGACCCGGUGCUUCCACAACAGGCGAGCCAGUAUACGCUGCUGAACAUGGCUCGCCCCUACACAGUCCGUCGCAUCCGCCGGGUCCUGAACGCGAAGGCAUUUACCAACAUGCUCGGGCUCAAGGGACCACCGCAGCCGGACGACCUCAGGAGCUUCUGGAAGGCAGUCAACUCGAAGGCACUGACGGCGAGGGAGAGGGAAGUUUGGUUCAAGCUGAUCCUCCGCUUCACCCCGACGCGCAAACUCCAGCACGAGCAAAAGCACGACACUUCUCCCGCGUGCUUCGUCUGCGAAGCGCCGGUGGACGACACCGAUCACUACUUCUUCGGCUGCUUCGACUCGCGAAACGUCUGGAUCGCGGCGAGGGGCGUGCUCUGCGACGCGCUCGGAUGCGACACGAUCGAGGGCGCCGAGUACACGACGCUUCAACGACUCUUUGGCCUCCCCAAGCUCAAGGCCAAGCUCAGCGCACAGGAAGGCGCGGGCAGGACGAUCGAGAUCUUCACGGGGAUGGUUUUGGAGAUGAUCAGCAGUGGGAGAUGGAGGAUGCAGAAGCACGGGACGAGGAUGGAAAGCGUGGAGAGGAGGAGGGUGGUACUGGAGGAGAGGAUGAAGUUGAGGGCGGGAGGAGCAAGAGGCAGGCGAGGGCAGUAG